AAUAUUCUGGGUAGUUGCUAAAGCCUUUCCAGGGCAGCUAGCAUGAAGCGUGGAGACUUAAUUCAUUGCAUUCCUCAUUGAUAUUCAUUUGAAAUUAAAAAUACCAAACAAAAACGCAAUAAUGGCACUCACGCCUCUUGUUUAUUGGGCUCAACGCCAUGAAGAAAUUUACCUGCGAGUUGAGCUGACAGAUGCUCAGAAUAUUAACGUCCACGUGCAUGAAAACGUCCUUCACUUUACAGGUCAGGGGCGUGGUGCAAAAGGACAAAAUGACUACAAGUUCAGCUUGGAGUUCCUUUUACCAGUAAAGUCAGAGGUGAGCCACAAGUCAACACAGCGGCAGGUGAACAUUACGGUGCAGAAACUACAACGAGGCUGGUGGGAAAGGCUGACUGUCCAGGAGCGUAAACCUAUCUUCCUAGCGCCAGACUUUGAUCGCUGGCUCGACGAGUCAGAUGCCGAGAUGGAGAUCCGAGAAAAAGAGGAGAAAAGGAACAAGCUGAAGGCUUCAAGAUAUAAGGAAGAAGGGUUUAUUAGCCUGAAAACUGGAUUCUUGAUUAUAUAUAACCUGGUCCAGUUUCUUGGGUUUUCAUGGAUCUUUAUCAACAUGACCGUGCGCCUCUUUAUCUUUGGCCAAGAUUCCCUCUAUGACACAUUUCACACAAUAUCGGAUAUGAUGUUCUUCUGCCAGAUCCUGGCAGCAGUAGAGGUCCUCAAUGCUGCUUUUGGUGUAGUCCGGACAGGUGUUAUUCCAACUCUUAUACAGGUGGUUGGAAGGAAUUUUAUUCUCUUCAUCAUUUUUGGUAGCCUGGAGGAAAUGCACCACAAGCCAGUUGUAUUCUUUGUUUUCUAUCUGUGGAGCACUAUUGAGAUUUUUAGGUAUCCUUUUUACCUGCUGUGCUGCUUCAAUACAGAGUGGAAAACUCUCACCUGGCUGCGGUAUACUAUCUGGAUACCACUGUAUCCGCUAGGUGUUUUAGCUGAAGCUGUUGCAGUGAUACAAUCCAUUCCCAUCUUUGACGAAACUAAACUCUUCAACAUUCCUCUGCCAAAAGCUAUUGGCACCUCCAUCAGCUUCUCCUACUUCCUGCACUUUUAUCUUGUUCUCAUGUUUUUGGGACUUAUUAUCAACUUUCGUCACCUUUAUAAGCAGAGGAAGAGGCGCUUCCGGACCAAAAAGAGGAAGGCAAAUUGAGACUCAACACCAACAGCAUUCCUUGAACACCUUUGCUGCCUGCUUAUUCCUGGACUUUUUUUUAAAAAAAUGAUCAUGUUUUAGUUAAAUUUAAUCUGGAUUUAUUAUUAUUUUAUUUCAUUUUUCACAGCCUGUCUGCAUAUACUAAAAUGACUUCCUUUAUGGUUACUAUGAAUGUCCAACAGAGGAUUUCCUCAUUGCACAGGCGAGCAAACUUACUGGUGACCAAUUUUGUGUAGAUAUCAGAUUUCUGAAGAGAAAGCCAUAGAACAUGAUAUACCUUGAUGAUACAUGAUAUCCUGUGUGAUACUAUACCCCCCCAUCCCAAUGCAGUGCUAUUUUUAACCGAAUGCAUUGCAACAUGCACUGAUAAGAAAACCCUGCUGUUCUCAUUUGAUAUUGAGUCAUUGGUGUGUGCACGAAGAAAGCAACAACCAGUAUCCAACAUAACAAGUACUUGGUUAUACUUUCAUAAUUCUGAACCAUCCCACAAAGCUCAGGGAAAAAUACCAGUGACUUCUAAAAUACAGAAAACAUUGUGUGUCCCUUGUGCUCAAUAAUAACCUGCAAAGAGCAAUGUUAAACUAAUUUUUAUUUCCAGGCUGCGGUUUUAUUAUUUCCAUUUGAAUUUUGAAUGCCAGCAUUAAUAAAAGUUCACCCAGUUUCCUGUAAAUGUGGCCGUUAUUUGACACUGAAUAAAAAUACAUUUUAAAUCUGGUCAUUGUGUCAAAAGGUUACUGUAAAGGAACAUGU